AUGCAUUGCAUGCUUCAACUGAGUCUGGCUGUGGCCCUUUGCGCCCUCUUAGCCCCAUCCGCCACCUUGGCCGAACGCCGCAAUGUGUACCGCCUGGGUGGACGCUCCUCGGACGCUCAGGGGGAGGCCCGCUUCACCUCGUCGAUUGCCAACAAGCUGUCCUCGCUAAAAGGCACCACCACGACGACCACGGCCGCCCCCACUACCAGCACCGUGCCCACCACCACUACGGAGACGACCUCGCCGACCGCACCAACAACAUCCACUGGCACCUCGACGAGCACUAGCACGCCCACUUCCGCCUCCUCCUCCUCCACCAGCCGUGCCUUCCCCGUCAUUCAAGAAGAUGUUGACGAGGAUGAGGAGAUGCCCAGGGCCUACGAAGAUGAAGAGGAUGACGCUGACGACAGCGUAGAGGACGAGGACGAAGGCGAUGAUGACGAUGAGGAGAACUACUAUGUGGCCGCACCGUCCACCGCAGGCAACAGCAAUGCCGUCCAACAGUCCUCAGAGUCCAGUUCGUUGGUCCGCCCCUCGGAGCUACAGUGGCGUCAGUUCCAGCAGGAACAGCGCAACCGUCGCCGCAUCCAGCGCCUCCAGCGGGAGCACAACCAGCGGAUCAGGGCCCUCCUUCGCCGCCAGAGGGCCGCCGAGAAGAGAAGCCAGCAGCGAUUGCGCCGCCAGCGCCAACAGAGCCGUAGGCGCGUCUCCCAGCGCCAGCGCCGCAACAGGAACCGCUCCAAGGCCCAGCGCCAGCGUCAAAGGAAGAACAACAUGAGCCGUCGCCGCCGCCAGCAGCAGCAGCGCCAGCGCAGACAUCGUCAGCAGCAGCGCCGCCGGCUCAUCCGCCUCCUGAACCGUCGUCGUCGUGGCGGUCGUCGCAACUAA